AUGGGGGAGGAAACAAAUUUGAUAGACAAAGAACUGGGAGAGCUUUUUCAAAAACAGGCAAUCCAUCUGGUUUCCGAACACGAUCACAACGUGGGAUUUGUCAGCGGCCUGUUUGUUAUCCCCAAAAAGGGAGGCGGACAAAGACCAGUCUUCAACCUCCGCCAAUUAAAUCGAUUUAUCCAAUACAAACAUUUCAAAAUGGAGGGCAUUCAUAUGCUCAAAGAUCUUCCGAAACCAAACGAUUUCAUGGCAAAGAUUGAUUUGAAAGAUGCCUACUUUACAGUUCCAAUUUGGAAAGGUCACCAAAAAUUCCUCCGGUUUCUUUGGAAACCGUGGGAGUUUGCAUGCCUCCCAUUUGGAAUAGCAAGUGCCCCCAGAGUCUUUACCAAGAUUCUGAAACCGGUGAUAGGCCUGUUAAGAAAGCAAGGAAUUCGUCUAAUCAUUUAUUUAGACGGUUUUUUACUGAUAGCCUCCACCGAAGAAACUCUAACAUACCAUAUCACAUUGACAGUAACCCUUUUAGAGAUAUUAGGGUUUGUGGUCAAUUACCAAAAAUCCCAGCUAAAUCCUACACAGUCAAUAGAGUUUCUAGGUUUCCGUAUAAAUUCAGUUACACUAAACAUCAGCCUUCCCUUAGACAAAGUAAAGAGUAUCAGAAGAGAAUGCCAGAAAGUUCUGGAAAACCUAGACAUCACGAUAAGGGAGCUAGUUCUGCUUUUGGGGAAACUAAGUGCUUCAAUCCAGGCGGUGUUUCCAGCACCCCUUCAUUAUCGUCACAUCCAAGCAGUCAAAAAGCACAGUCUAGCUCUUCGUGGGGGCUACGAGUUCCCAGUGUGCUGGACAGAGGAAGCCCUCGAAGAACUAAAAUGGUGGAGAGACUUUUCUGCUUGGAACAGGAGAGCAAUUUUACGAACCCCUACUCACUUGACAAUCGAAACACAUGCUUCCUCGAUGGGAUGGGGAGCAUGUUGUGGAAACUUUCAGACCAGAGGGCUUUGGUCUCAGUCAGAAAGGCUCUUACACAUAAAUUGUUUAAAACUUCUAGCUGGCGAUUUUGCCCUAAAGUCAUUCCUAAAAAACAAGGGCAACAUCCAUGUAAAGUUAACAGCAAUAAGUUAUAUAAAAAAAAUGGGUGGGUCCACACCACUGAUCUUGUCAAGCCUAGCCCUCGACCUUCGGCAAUGGUGUCUAAAUCGGACUAUCACAGUCGAAGCUCAUCACUUGCCGGGGCGGUUAAACUUUGUGACCGAUUUCGAAUCCCGAGCUCAUCCAGAUUCCAGCGACUGGAAACUGGAACCAUCCAUCUUUCAAGGGAUCAACAACAAAUGGGGCCCUUUCACAAUGGGUAUUUUUGCAAGCAGACUGACAACAUUACUACCCAGGUUUGUGAGUUGA